UCUAAUUGAUUCUUUUUUUAAGAUUUGACGUUAUUUUUUUUUUUUGUUACUCUUAGAAUAUCAAGCAUUUUUAAUUUAAACUCUUGAAAAGCUGGUUUUCCUAUUCCCAGGUUUUCCAUCUACCUAGUAAGACUAUAAAGGAAGAUCUGGUUAUUUCUCAGAAGUGAACAAAUUGAUUUGAAUAGUGAAAUUUACUGACUCCACUGAUGUCCCCCCAUCACUGGGAGUCAUUUUUCUAUCGUAAUUAUGGUCAUGGCACCUGCUUACAGAAGCGCCAAUCCUCAGUCUUACGGGUUGAACUGAGGGAGGCUGAAAAUGCGUCGUCUCGUGCAUUUUUAAUCAAUUCUUUUCUUAGAACAUUUCCUCCUGUCUGUAUUUUUGUUUUUUACUUCCACAAGAGGGCAGGAAUGCAUCCCUCUUUACAGAAGUUCUCCAUAGGUUUUGCCCAUGACAAAAAUCAUAGAUAAAAUUAAACUUUCGGAUGAUUUUAAGCUUGCAGAAUGAUUAAUGAAAGAGGAAAAAAAGAGUCUCUAUGACAUGAUCUUAAGCUUCAGAGUGAUUUCUAAAGGGAGAAAGCAAGAAAAUUAUAAAAAUAUCAGAAGUCCGGGGUGAGUGUGAAUUGAGACAAUAUAAUCAAUCGUAUCAGAAUUGAUUUUCACUGUGACUGAUAUCAGUUAAAUCAAAGAAAGCACCUGGGGUGGGUUGAGCUGCCCUAUAGACAGAGGGGCCCAGAGGCAGUCCUGGCUUUUUACAUCAGAAGUUUGAUUACUAUAACCAAAAUAUUUAACCUCCGGGGUUUAUCCCAUAGGUCAUUUUUUGUAUGUUAUCAUCCUAUUCUAAUUUAUGGUGUCUUUUUAUUCAACUAACUUGCUUCUUUUCUUCUCAACUUUCUGUCUUCUCUAAGCUGUCAGGGUUUGCAUCACCUUCUACUCCAUUCUGCUUACAUAUCAUUUUGAAAGCUAAUGGGUCAGAAUUACAAGCUGAGUCAAAGAUGCUUCGCCACGACAGACAGAAAGAUAUCUCCUCCAAAUAACUCCCAAGAACCUGUAUAAGGGCCUGAACAUGGGCGACUCAACCAAUUCCUGCAGAGAACAGAACCCCUCACUCCUUCCUCUGAGAGUCAAUUCUAAGAUUUGAGAAGAGGUAUUUUACACGUUAACAGCAGAAGAUGGAAAGACUGGGAAUGGCUCUGCCUCUCUGAAGAUUCUGGGCUUUAACAAAAUAGACAGGACUAUGUAUGCAGGUGAGAAACACGCUUUAAUAUUCCUCAUCCACAAAUACCCACACUAGUAUCUGGAAGAGAUAUCCAAUAAUUCUAUUCUGAUACUUAGUUAAAUUGAUUGCCAAAGGUUCAAUGCCAUGUGCCCAGAGUUCCAUCCACUUUUUCUUUCAUGAUCUAGAAGAAUUCUUUUUCUCUCUCUUUUUAGAGCCACACCUGUGGAUAUAGAAGGUCCUCGGCCAGGGGUCUAAUCAGCAUCUGCCACCUACUCCACAGCUUAUGGCAACGCUAGAUCCGUAACCCACUGCGUAAGGCCAGGGAUCAAAUCCAUACCCUCACAGACACCGUGCUGGGUUCUUAACCUGCCGACUCACAACGGGAACUCCACGAUCUAGAAGAACUGGUGAAGAGAAUUCCCUGCUUCCCCAUUCAGGAUUUUUCUCUGAAAAGGUAUCAGGAUCAGUGGUGAAGAACGGAUUUGCUAGUCUAAUGGGAUCCACUAACAUGUCCUACCUGAACCCGAAGACAGUGACUCUGAUUGGGAUCCCUGGCAUGGAGCAUGUGCAAUUUUGGAUUGGAUUUCCCUUCCUUGGGGUGUGCCUGGUGGCCCUGCUGGGGAAUAGCUUCUUAUUGACCAUCAUUAUGAUAGAACCCCGUCUUCACCAACCCAUGUACAUUUUCCUGGCAGUUUUGGCAGUGACUGACCUAGGUCUCUGUGUAGCCAUUGCUCCCAAGAUGUUGGCUAUCUUCUGGUUUGGCUCUUGCUCUAUGGCUUUUGAUGCUUGCCUCACCCAGCUCUUCUUCAUCCACGCCUUGCAGGGCGUGGAGUCUGGCAUCCUGUUGGCCAUGGCCUUUGACCGCUACGUUGCCAUUUGUGAUCCUCUGAGGCACAUGUCCAUCCUCACGCCUCUCUUCCUAGUCCGGAUGGUACUGAUGGUGGCCGUCCGAGCCUCGGUGCUUGUUGGGGUUUUGCCCAUUCUGCUCAAGCGACUGCAGCUUUUCCAGUCUGCGGUGAUCGCCCAUUCCUACUGUGAGCACAUGGCUGUGGUCAAGCUGGCUGCAGAAGACGUCCAUGUCAACAAAUCCUACGGGCUCUUUGUGGCUUUUGCAAUUCUAGGUUUGGACAUGAUCUUUGUCUUCAUCUCCUACAUUCUGAUUUUACGCGCUGUUUUCCUUCUUCCCCAGAAGAGAGCACGUCUCAAAGCCCUCAACACUUGCACCUCCCAUAUUGUCAUCUUUCUGGAAUUUUAUAUCCUUGCCUUUUUUUCCUUCUUCAGCCACCGUUUCGGACAGGUACCUCCCUAUGCCCAUAUCCUCUUGUCUACCAUCUAUCUGCUCGUGCCCCCUGCCCUUAACCCCAUUGUCUAUGGGGUGAAGACCAAGGAGAUCUGCAGGCGGGUUGCUCGGAUGUGUGUUCUGAAGCAGGAGGCCGGGGAGUAGUGCGACAUAACGUGGAACAGGAAAAAUACAGUCGCCUGUUUAAGAGGGACACUCGUUAUGUGAUGUCUGUCACAGAGAGAUGUUUCCCAUGAUCAUGCUCGCCCCUAAAGGAUUCACGUUCCCAAAGCAAGAGCAAUCCGAAUACGAUGUAAACUCGGAUGAAAAGUAUCUCAUAACUUCCUAUCAGUCUUAUUUUCUUCCUUUACCUUCUGCCUGCCUUCCAUCAGUCCUUCCUUGUUUUCCACUUCCUUGGGUACACAUCCGCCGUGUCUUUCUGCCAGACCAGGAGUCAGUCUCUCCUUUGGAUGUGUUACAGCGACAAAGACAAAGCCGUAAUUUCAAAAGAAUAAAUGUAAUUUAACUCUAUUCAGGCCGUGUUGAGAACACAGUAUUUAAGUUCACAUGUGAGCUGCAGCUAAUGUAAGUUUUAGAGGGAGUCAGAGAAGAUCUCGUGGAGAAGGUCAUGACAAAUACGAGGUUUGAACAACGUAUUGACCGAAGACGCUAGAAUGGUGUUAACCAUACUCUGAGGUUUUAAAACGCGACCAUAACUCGUGGAGAUGCACAGAGUAUGUGCAGAGAUACGCGGAUUUCACUUCCUUAAGUACUGGACUCAUGAAAAGCAGGCUCAUUUGUAUCUUCCUCAGUUACAAAAUAUGCAGAUCAUUCUGCCAUAGGAAAUUAUGUAUUAAUGUCUCAAUAAUACGACACUGGAUUUUACUUAACUGCACAAAAAUAGCCCUUGUAUUUGGAAAGUGGACAAUUCAGCUCUUCAGAGUUGCCACUGACUAGCAUGGCUUGUCACGGUCUUGGAAGAAGUUUAUUCUCUGUGUGCUGCUGCAACUCACUAUGAACAUUUUUUCCCCAAAAAAAGGAAUUAGAAGACAUUUUGACGAAUUUUGAGAUGUUGUCCAUUAAUGUGACAUAUGUGAAACAGCUUCUUUGUUCCCACUCUUACUUUCCUUAGCUCAAAAGAAGCUCACAAGCUCACUAGUGAAGAAAAUCCACCAAUCUGAAGUUUAGCCAUAUAUCCUUAUCUCAUUUGCACCUCAGACCUUCCCAUCCGGGGCGUCUACAGCUGGGGAGGAUACACACCACUCUCACCACCACCACACUGACACCAAUAAUCUCAACUCGGUUUUUCAUUCACCGCAGUUGUCUCCCUCCCCCGAUGAUGGAGCUAAUGACCUAGACUAUUUUUUAGAGUAGGGAGAGAAGAUGAAAGCUUGCCUUACGAUGGCCUCAAUCUAUAAACAGAUAAGUAGGACAUAAGAAUGUCCUAUCAAGGGUUCUCCCAGAAGCAAACCAAAGCAAGAAUUUUAGGGUAUGUGGUAUAUUUGGGAAUUGAUCCAAGAAAAAACAUGUGAAGAAGUAAGCGAAUAAGGUGGUGAAGAGAAGGCGCCAAUAAAGUGCUCGUAGCUGAGCAGAUUCCUGCUAUAGAUUACCAGGGCUUUUUCUGCUAGGGCUACUGGAAAACACGUGAGAAGCACGUUUCCACACUGUCCCAGUGGGCGGCUAGAAACAUGGUUUAUUUACCCGCCACCUCUACCUCUCCGUACAAGAAUCACACGGCAGCUGUAAGCACCACGGGCUGGGUUGAGGCAGAGGCAUCAGGAACAAUGGUCAGCAAGGAAUUUAUUUGCAUUACCUCUAAGGAGAGCCACUAUCUGUUCCGAGCAUACAGAGUGGAAAGACACCACAUUCUAAAGAAUGUCACUGGCAGAUGCUAUAGUUAUUCUCCAUAGGUGGGAAUAUGAACUGAUGAAUGAAUGGUUUGGGGGAGCACUUAAUUAGUGCAAAUAUAGGAGUACUUCUUUCUAUGACUUAGCAUUCCACAUCUGUGUGCAAUUCACCUCUCCUUCUGGUUUAGUACCUGGGACGGAUUGAGAGUCUUUUCACAACGAAGCAGGGGCCUUACAAGAAGCUAACUUCUUAAGUGAAGGAAAGAAAUUGCUGUCAUGCAGAAUAAGGUAUGUUAUCUUGCAAGGGAAGAGAUGUGAUGUGUGUUCUGGCUCUUAUCCGUCCCUAUAAAUCUCUGUAUACAUAAGUGAAAAUGUCUCUGGCUCCCUUGGAAUCUCCAGAGGGGAAAAAAAUGAUUCACAAAAAUUGAGAGUAGACUAUAUAUAUAUACCUGAGAGCUCAUGUGCGAGCGUUGAAAAUAACCACUUGGAAGAUGUUCGGGAACAUACCCUAGAUCCUUAGAGAGGGGUUUAAUAGUGGGUUUGCAUAUUUAUUGAUGCAGCUGAAAUGAACAUCAGAUGUGUGUGCAUGUGGCCAUGUUCCUGGGAAUGUGCACCUGUCUCAGGUGAGGUGUAUGGAUGUGUCUAAAGUGAGUGUGACAUCAUAUCACAGAGAGAAAAGCUUACAGACAAGUUAGAUGAUUGGAAGUACGCGUCUAGAGAAAAACAUAUGCACAUCUGUAAAUGUUGAUGUGAAAUAAAUACCAUCUGUGUGAUGGUCCAGGCAGCCUCGAGGGUCCCCAAACUAUGAACAUUAGGGCUGGGAAGAUGUGUGUAAUUUACAUGUAUCAGUCCCUUGGUUUACGAGUUGGUGUUUCAUAACAUUUGAAAACAAAACAAAACUAAGCCAAGGGUUGAACCCUGCUUAUGUGAGGUCAGAAGUUCAAUUUGGGGGAGUGGCUUUAGCUCUUAAAGAAAUAUGGAUGUAAGAAUAAUGGCAAAGCAUGCAGAUUAAUAAUACAGUGCAGACCGUAGGUGAGCAGAGGUCAAAGAAACCUGAAGUGUGUGGCAGAGACAGGCUGGUUGGUGUGAUCUGAGGGAGGCAUUAAGAAAACAAACUGGAGAAAGUGUCUUUUGAGGUGGGAGAAGGUUGACUGGGAAAAAUCAAAGGGAUAUGCCUCUCAAGUAGCACAGAAAAUGAGUUAAAGCACCAAGAAAGUGAUUUCUUUGCAAAUAAAGCAGUUAGGUUUGGCUAGACGGAUGCCUACUGAGUAAUUUAGUGAAAGCAAAGCAUCUUGCAGGGGAGACUGAUGUCAAGUCAUGCAAUAACCUGAAGGUCAUGCCACUGCAGUUAAGACUUUAUCUUGAGGACAAGCUGUUGAAGACAUGAGGUGGGUGAAAUGAGAGAGCUGUUUACAAAGGACCACUCCAGUUGCCCUGUUAAGAAAAACUCUGAAUAUGAGAGAGACUGAAUAUGGGAAGGUGAGUUAGGAAAAGCUUGCAGUACAGAGAUUGAAAGUGAUGAAAGCAUAAGGUAGAAAAAAGCAGAAAUGUGCAAAGAAAUCUCAGUUACUGAUUGGAUAAAGAGAAGGAUAUACCACGAAGUAAUCGAAAGGUUUUGAAAUUAAUUUAACUGAGUCAAUGCACAAAAAUGGGUGCUACAGAAGGACAGUCUAGCUGGCAAGGAGAUUAGGAGUUUAUUUGGAAAGACUUAAGUUUAAGGUGCAUAUGAAGAAUGGUUCACAGGCUGCUGCAAUGUUUUCUGGAGCCCAGACACAACUCAUGGUUUUAAGAUACAGAUUUUGGUGUCUUGAAUCUGUAAAAACAUAUGAGGUCGGAUAAAGAAAACAGUGAAGCUAGAGUAAAAAUAGCUUCCUUGGGUCUUUUUUAAAUUAGUUUUUAACAUUAUACAAGAGGCAUGUGUACACGAUUAUAUUUCAACUUCUGUAUAAGAUAGCGUGCGUUCACCACCAACAGUU